UGUCAGCUUGCGUUAGGUUUGGUUUUCUUUUUGUGGGUUUUCUAAUUUCUUGAAUUACAGCUAAAAUAAAAAAGUAAUUACCUGACUUUUAUGAUCGAAGAUUCUGAAUCAUAAUGUAAAAUUUUCUUCUCAUACAACUACGCAUCUAUCAAAUAUUUACCAAGUUUAUCAACAGCUUAAAAGUCCACAAAAAUGGCUGAUCCGAGCCUAAAUUCGGAGCCGCUCUUCAUAGAGGUCCCAUUGGUUCCGACUGCGGCUCCGACACUUCAAACUGACAGCCAGUUCACGGUGACGUCACGCUGCCCGCGCCAGAAGGAACCCGAGGAGGUAGUGGUUAAGCAGGAAGCUGGAGAUGAGACGCAGGAAGUUAAAGAUGAUCUCCUGGACGAACUAAUGGCUCUAACAAGACCCAGCAAGAACGAACGUCUGCUCUGUGCCGAGUGCCACUACUCAACGACCACUGCAGAGUUACUUCUACGCCACGUCAGGAAGAUGCACCGAGGGCUCAACCCGUUCCAAUGUUAUAUGUGUGAUUAUUCAACGUAUAACAAAGUGCUGUUUGAAGAACACAUACGGAUACACAGAGGCAUAAAACCCUUCAAGUGUUCUUACUGCGACUACUGCUCAGCUUCCAAGAAGAACACCAAGAAGCACGAGCUAAUCCACCGGCCCGAUAACCCGCUCAAGUGCCCGCGUUGCCCGUUCAUAGCGCGGCACCAGAGAGCGUUGGUGUGCCAUAGGAGGGUGCACCCUAACAGAUCGUCGGUCCAUCGAGUCAUCCACCGGCCCGACAACCCUCUGAAGUGCCCGCGCUGCCCGUUCAUAGCGCGCCACCAGAGGGCUCUGGUGUGCCAUAGGAGGGUACACCCUAACAGUGAUGCAGAAGAAGACAAAGAUUUCGAUCCCAGUUCGAUGAUCAAGUGUGAAAAUUGCUGUGAAUUUUUCCAGACCACCAAACAAAUGUUGUCCCACAAGCGGUAUAAGAGGCAGUGUCACCAGUGCGACCAAAUGCUGUGUUCCAGGUUGGUCUACAGAAAGCAUAUGCAGGACAAGCAUCAAGUUCAGUACAAGCAGAUUGAGAAACCGAAGGCGUUUCAGUGCGAAGUGUGUGAGUUCUCAACCAAUACUAAAGCGAGGAUGCUGUUACAUCUGAUACACCAUCCGAACCAGAAUGUGGAUGAGAAUGUACUGGAUAUAUCUAUAUUGAGGAAGUACGGCAUUAUGGUGUGAAGCCAACAGUGAUAUAUGUAUUGUGGCAGGUGGCAAGGCAAGCUAGUUUGGGAUUUGUUUAAGUACCUACUCUAAAGAGGGCAUACUAAUAAAAUAUUGGGUGUUGACAGAAAAGACUCGAUUCUACCCGACCCUGCAAUGCUUGCAACAUUGGAUUCUUGUAAAUACACUUAUUUGUAAUUAUAAUAAAGUAUCAAGUUAUCAA